CAUACAACAUCAACAACCAAAAAAUCCCACCAAACACAGAUCAAACAAACAUCAAAUUGCAGAUCCAUAAACACUUAAACACACAUUUUUGUAAUGCUAGGAAUGGAGAAAUGAAACAAAAAGAGAAAAAUAAAAACCCUUUUCUUUAAUUUCUUACCCUUGUAAGAUGGAAUACGGUGGCUCUCGGCAGCGGUAAAUACAAUACCAGCAGAUGACUGAAGCUGUGCAGAAAUGGUGAAGCUGGAGAAGCCGUACAGACCCGAGAAUAUUUCUUACACGGUACCGGAGUGAUGGAGCCACGAGUUCCGGAGUGAUGUAGCCACACGGGGUGGAGAGAGGGUGAGGCCGGCGAAAGGGCACGAGCUAGGGAGUGGAUCACAAAAGAUAGGAAAUUUAAACUUUAGAAUGACUUCGUAUCUUUGCCUUUUCUUUUAUUCAUAUGGCGGAUCCGGGUGAAAAUCAACAGCCUGAACAAGUCUGCAACUUCUUCAGGAAGCCAUCACGGAACAAAAACAUCAGAAAGCGAACAGUUGUUGAGGAUGAAGAGGAGGAUUCAAAAAUGGAAACCUCAUUCUUACACACUGAGAAGAAAACCUUAAAGCACGAGAGUAAGCUGUACUUCUGUACUGGAUCCUCUAAGCACAAUACAUCAACGUCUGCUGAAGCGAAAAAGGAAUCUGAGACACCAAUUUUUCAGUUUGAGUCUUCAAAGGAAAUUCAAGUUGAACAUGAUAGCAGAGCAACAGCGACGCUAGAAACUGAGACUGAGUUCUCAAGAGAUGCUCGUGCAUUGCGUGAGAAAGCUCUUAAGCAAGCAGAUGAGGCUUUGAAGGGGAAAGGAAAGAGCUCUGGGGAUGAAAAGCUUUAUAAAGGGAUCCAUGGGUAUACUGAUUAUAAGGCUGGGUUCCGAAGAGAGCAAACAGUUGCCAGCGAGAAAGCUGGUGGGGCACAUGGGCCUUUGAGGGCUUCUGCUCACAUAAGAGUUUCAGCACGAUUUGAUUAUCAGCCGGACAUAUGUAAGGAUUACAAAGAGACUGGUUACUGUGGGUAUGGAGAUUCAUGUAAGUUUAUGCAUGAUCGAGGGGAUUACAAGUCUGGAUGGCAGUUGGAAAAGGAUUGGGAGGAAGCAGAGAAAGCAAGGAAGAGAAAUCUAGCUUUGGGAGUAGAUGACGUGGAUGAUGGGGGUGCAGAUCCUGGUGAGGAAGAUGAUGAAGAUUCUUUGCCAUUUGCAUGUUUCAUUUGUAGGCAGCCUUUUGUUGAUCCUGUUGUUACCAAGUGCAAGCACUAUUUCUGUGAGCAUUGUGCAUUAAAGCAUCAUGCAAAGAACAAGAAAUGCUUUGUCUGCAACAAGCCAACGCUUGGGAUUUUCAAUACAGCUCUCGAAAUUCGCAAGAGGAUGGCUGCAGAGAAUAAAUGAGGGUUGCUCAAUGGUGAUCUUUGCUUUGUAACCUUGUUGGAAUGAGCUUUUUCUUUGUUUGUUGGUUAGUGUUGAGAGAGAAAGUUCAUUCAUCGGUCUCUUUUUGUUUUUUCCCAUCAAUGUUCCAUACCCUAUCACAAAUUCUCAAUCAACUGAUUAUUUCCCUUCGCCUUUUUUUUUUCUUUUGGCCAAGUUAUGACAGAGCUUUGAGUGAGCAUGUAAUACCCAGAUACGUUUCUCUCAGAAAUAUCAAAUGUUUUUAGUAAAUGUUA